ACGAUGGUAUGAAACUGAAAUUGGGUGUGGAAUUGACAGAGGUUAGGACUACGAAACUAUGGUGUUUAGGAGGGUAUCUUGCUCUUCGUAACAAUGUUGAAUGAAUCUACUGAAGAUGUGUGUGAAUUCUGUAGAGUGAUUUGGAUGAAAACUGAUAUCUUAUUAUUUGUUCUAGUGACAUGUAUCUGAGUAAAGGGUUAGUGUAUUUGUUUCUAAAACCUUUUCGAUAGUCUACCCACCGCUUGCCGUGUUCAAAAAAACUAUGAAUGGUAUGAUGGAGUCCUCUCACUCAGGCAGCCGCUCUGGAUCACAUCAUCACCACCAUCAUAAGCCUAGAAACUACAAGCUUGUAGUUGACCCCUUUUUGGUUAAAGGUGCAUCAAAGCUGUACAGAUAUGAUGGCAAUGUACCAAAUGACCCAACAUACCCUCCAGUACAACUUCGGGAUCCAAGGUCACAACUUACAAGGAUAUGGACAAGACUUGAACCACUUGAUAUUCCUGUACCUAGAUUUAAGAUCGAUGCAAAUUAUGUAGGGGAUCCACCACCACUAGAAGUAACAAUUUGUAACUUGAAUGACAAUAUUGACAAAGCUUUUCUCUCAGAUAUGGUGCAAAAAUUUGGUCUUGUAGAGGAAUUAUUUAUCUAUUAUCAUCCUGUUUCCAAUAAGCACUUGGGCUUAGCCAGAGUUGUUUUUGAGACAGUGAAGUCAGCCAAGGCUUGUGUUGAAAAACUCAGCAACACAUCUGUCAUGGGGAAAGUUCUUCAAGUCUUCCUUGAUGCAUUUGGUGAGGAGUGUCGAAAGAUUUUCCAGGAGAAGACUCAAGACAAGAAAUUGGAAAAAGAAGCCGCACCUGAUGUGGUAGCAGAUGAUUCAGUAUCAGGUGCCACAGACAAAGAAGACGUACUUGUGAAAAAACAGUUGCCAAAGAAAGUUGGAAUAGCUCCUCCAGAUCCAGUUUCAGAUGAUCUGGAUCAUACAUGGACAGAUAAGGAAGAUCUUUUGUCUCGUGGUGUUAAUCACAAUAAGGAGCUUGUGCCAUUUCCUCUUCAUGAUAACAGGGAGUAUGGCACAUCAACAGAUCACCGAACGUUCCCCAUUUCAAGACAUCGUGAUUAUCCUACCCCAAGUUCUAGUACAAGUGACUAUGGCACAGCCCCAAGUGAAGCUGGAAGCUACUCAGAAAGAAGUUAUAGUAGCAACAAAGACUAUGGCUACCAUGGCUCUACACCAUCCAACCAUUCAGCACACAGCACUCCUGUUAGCUAUGAUUACCACAAUCACUAUCCUUCUGCACCUCCUCCUCCUCAUUCUACUCACUAUCCCCCAUAUCACCCACAAGCUAGCCAACAUCAUCCCCGACCUCCCAUUGCACCACCUCCACCACCACCACCACCACCUUAUGGUCAUCAGAUACAUCCACCUCACACAAUACAGGCUCACUUGCCUCCUCCACCAAUCCACCCCUCUCAUCCUUUAGCUCCACCCAUACACUCAAGCUCUCAUCAGUGGCAACAGUCAUGGGGUGAGUCACAGCAGAUGCUGCCACAUUGGGAACAGUCAGCACGGCCCAUUCAGCAGUCAGCGCUGCGUCAUAUCCCAAUCCAUAGUGGUACAGUAACCACGCUUCCUCCAGCCAAUGCUACGCCAACAUGGACUCCCAUUGCUGGUGAUGGACGUAACAUUGUUUUCUCACCAGAAAGAGGUAGUGGGAAGAAGGAUGUGAAACCUAGUGGGAAAGGGAAUGCAUCACAAAAGUCUAGUGAAAGUGUAAGUCCAGAGACACCAAAAGUUUUAGAUUUGGAUACAAGAAUUGAAAUGCUUCUCAAAGGGAAAGGAGCUGGUGGUAUGGCUCCUCCAUUUCUUCAGUUAGGAAUCAGUAGUGAUUCAGAUGACGAUACCCAUGUAAAGUCUGUUGGUAAAAUAUCUUCAAGGCGUUCAUCAGGGAGUUCAUUAAAGCAUGGAUCUGCGAGACAUCGUCAUUCUUCACGCCGUCAUUUAGACAGAUCUCAGCAGCCAUCUCGGUCUUCUAGUGGCUCUGAUACAGAUGGACCGUCAAUACCUCCUCCUCCUCCUCCUCUUCCACUUAUACUUAGUCUCCCUCCCCCACCAGGUGAUGAACCAUUGCCUCCACUUCCCCCACCUGAUAAAGAUGACCAUGAUGAACCUCUGUCUACACCACCUUCACCAUUCCUUUCGGCCGAGAUUUAUUUGAAGUGGCAUGAGAUUGGGAUUGAACAAGCUCGUAAAGCUCGGGAGAAAGAACAAGAAGAGACUACUGGUCUGUUGGAGAGUGUGAAUCUAAGUAAACCUGCUACUGACAAUGAUGACCUAGGCAGCAUUAUUAGCAGCAGUGAGGAUGAGACUCUGACUGCAACACACAUUGAAGCAAGUGGGAAGACUCAGCCAGAAUAUUUUAGUCCACAGCAGCAACAAAGGCAACUAGACAGUAGUGCUGAGGAUUCUGAUCAAGCGCCACAACCAUCGGCAUCAUCGGAUCUGCCACCAGGGGUUGAACCAGAAGGUGCUGGAAGCCGAAAGUCAACUCCCUUGCAAGAUGAACAUAGAGAUGAUGAUCGCAUGUCACUUUCUAGUCUCAGUUCUGGAGGCGAGAAGAUAGAGGUGGCAUCUCAACCGCCCGUCACAAUGUAUCCACCUCCACCACCAUACACAGCUUAUCCAUCGCACGGAUACCCCCCACCUCCAUACUACCACCCACCACCAAUGCCCUUAUAUCCCGGUGCACCCGAGAUGUAUGCAUGGGCCCGACCUCCUGCACCAGGAUCUAACUACCCUUAUCCACCAACAAUAUUUCAUUUUCCACCACCACCGGGUUACCCACCAAAUACUCAGUAUCCUCCAGGUAUAGCACCAUUGGGGACAACAAUGCACUAUGGAUAUGCAAACUUUCACCCAAGAUUUCCACAAGCACAAGGACAAAUUUCAUUUGAGAGUACUGAUCCACAAGCUCCAACUAUUAAUGGUGUCAUAGAGAGGAUAAUCACUGAACUGAAGCAAAUAUUGAAACGGGAUUUCAAUAAGAAGAUGAUUGAGAAUACUGCAUUUAAAUCAUUUGAAAACUGGUGGGAUGAACAAGAGAGGAAAUCUAAGUUGCAGAAUAGUUCAUUUGACAUAGAGUCAGUGCCACUUGAGAAACUGUCAUCUGUUCCACCGGGCAGCAAGCAGGAGAACCUUCUGAACUCAAUUUUAGAUACGGGUAGAGAGACUUUCAGUUUGGAUUCUGUUGGCCUCGGAGGAUUUGGUCUUGGCUUCAGAGCAGCUUUGCCAAAAUUGCCUUCCUUCAGGCGAAAGCUCAAAGCACCAUCACCACCUCCAUUGGAUGAAGAUGACUCUCGACGGGAGCUGGUGGAAAGCGAUCAGGAAGAAAUGGUACAAGCAUCAGAUUCAGAAAUGCAGAUUGAAGUUUCACGAUCACAUUUCCAGCGGCGUGGUGAAUCUGAUGAUGAGUCAUCAAAGCUUUCUCCCAUUUCAUCAAGGACAGAGAGCAGCAAAUCUUCGGAUUCAAGUUCAUCAGAAUCAUCAUCAUCAUCAUCAUCAUCAUCUUCUUCUUCUUCUUCUUCUUCUUCUGAAUCAGGAAGCUCAGAAAGUGAAAGCAGUUCAGAUAGUGAGGCAGGGAAUGAAGGAGAAGAUGGAACAGAGGAUGAAAACAGAAGGAAAAGUAGGCUCUUGGACCUGGUUGAUAUGGAAGAUCUUGAAGCAUUGCAUAAACUCAGGGAGCAGACAUCUGAGCGCAGUGUAACUCCAAUCCCAGCAGAAGAGAUAUUAAGUGACUUUGAGGAAAAUGAUGAUGACAGUGAAACUCUUAAAAGUAGAACUGAACAUAGUGAAUUAUUUCCAUCUGCUUCAUUUGACACAAAUGUGGAUGGUGCUGAGCACGUAGGAAGAAGGGAGGAAUCAAGAAUAGAAGUUUCAGCAGUAGAGGCAUUGAUGGCUCUUGCGGGUGAAUCCCUUGGCCAUAAAACUGUUGAUAAAGAAGAAAUGAAACUAGAAACAGAUGAUACAGCUGAGACAUCACAACAGUCUCCUGCUAGUUCAGAUGAUGAAGCAUUAGCAGUUAGAAGGCUCAAGAAGCAGCAUGAAUCCUCUCAUGUACUAGAGAGCAGAAUGGAAAUUGGUGAUUGGACAAUAUUAAAUAAAGUUCCUAAUAAAACCCAUGGCUCAGUCAUUAAUGGUGAAGUGAUUGGAAAGCAAAGUACCCUGGACAGUAUGGAAACAUCAGUAGAGAAUGAAGUGGAGGAAGAGGGGUCUCCCGCACCACAAAUUGCGAUGGAACAUUCUUAUAGUCUACCUCCUCAGAAGGAUCCAGCGUCAUCACCAGCAAGUGUGGCUGGAAGUGACAGUUCUGCCAAGAGGAAAUUGCCCCAGUAUCAAAAGUCUCAACAGUCUCCUGAAGAAGCUGCAAUUAAUCAUGAUCAUGGCUACAUGAUGCCACAACCCAAGACACCACCACAACCUCUAGCAACCAUCAUGGAGGAUAAUGAAACUAUGGUAACACCAAAGUCGAAGAAACCUAGGAAGUCAUUAAAGUUUGAAGGUGCUUUAAUGACACCAAAGAAAUCUAUUUCUAAAGUUUCUAAACCAACACACUCCAUGAUUUUUGGUAAGAGAGAUAUGAUGGCUGAAAUGACAGUGUUGUAUGAGUUCUUAACCCGUGGCAUUGAUGCAGAAGACAUAAGUUACUUGAGGAGAAGUUAUGAAGCAAUGUUGGCAGAUGAUACUCAAGGCUACUGGCUCAAUGACACUCAUUGGGUUGAUCAUCCUGUGACUGACCUUGCUUCACCAGCCAAGAAAAGGAAACGUGAUGACAGUCGAAUUCAUGCAACUGGAUGUGCCCGGACAGAAGGAUUUUAUAAAAUUGAUGUUAGAGAAAAGGCAAAGCACAAGCACCAUUAUGGACAAAUUAUUCAACAGGCAGGUGGGAAUGUUGAAGUUGGUGUUGGAGGAAUGGCAGAUUUACCAAAAUCUGUAUCAGGCAAGAUGCAGGCCUUAUCUCGUGAAGCACGUAGUAACCAGCGGCGCCUCCUUACAGCCUUUGGAACUGAUACUGAUAGUGAUCUUCUGAAGUUUAACCAGUUGAAGUUCCGUAAGAAACAACUGAAGUUUGCCAAGUCUGCAAUUCAUGAUUGGGGCCUGUUUGCAAUGGAACCAAUAGCAGCUGAUGAGAUGGUGAUAGAGUACGUGGGACAAAUGGUUCGUCCAGUGGUUGCUGACUUGCGAGAAAGGCAUUAUGAGGCAACAGGCAUAGGCAGCUCAUACCUAUUUCGAAUUGACGUAGACACUAUCAUUGAUGCAACAAAGUGUGGCAACCUUGCUCGAUUCAUCAAUCACAGCUGCAAUCCCAAUUGUUAUGCCAAAAUUAUCACAAUUGAAGGUCAGAAGAAAAUAGUGAUUUACUCCAAGCAGCAAAUAAGUGUUAAUGAAGAGAUAACAUAUGACUACAAGUUUCCCAUUGAGGAUGAGAAGAUUCCGUGCUUGUGUGGUAAUGCACAGUGCCGAGGAACGCUUAACUAGAAAUAAUGGUAUAGGAGAUUUAUAAUUUUUGGAAGAAAAAAAAAGUUCUGCUUGAUUUAGACAUGGUGUAUACAAAUUGAGUAUAAAUGUGCUGUUGAGUGUGUCAAUUUUGGAUCAGUGGUACAUUACAUAGAUUCUGAAUGUGCAUUCCCGUGAUCCUGGUAUUGAUGCUUUGUGUUCAGACAGAUUUAGCAAACAUUUACAGUGUGAGUAUAAAGACAGAGUCUACUAAUAUUAUUGUGGUCUAAUUUUUUAACUAGGUUGAACUGACAUUACUGCUACCUAGCCAAUACUUAAUGUACUUGUGUCAUGUGUACAGUGAGAGGAUGUGUGAGUGUAAAAACCAACAUGUGCUAGGUAACAUCAUCAGUCUAGCUGAAGGAUGGACACUUUACUUAGCGCACUGAAGUACAGUAUGGAUUUUAAACCUGCUAGCUAACGCUUGGUACAUUAUUGCAGUACAUAGAAUGUCCCAAUGUACAGUUAAGAAUGCAAAGAGUAAAAUGCCCAGUCUCUUUUUUCCAAAUGAUAGUAA